AACAUACUUAAUACCUUGAGUUUUGAACUUAUACAAUGGCUUCUUCAGUGCAAUUUCAUUCCUUGCUGCGCGAUGAGUUAAUUUAUGAAGUAAUAAUAAGAUCAGAGACACCAGCAUCAACAGUAGAGGGUCUUAGGAAACAGUUGAGAAGUUUAGUAGGGGAAUGUCGGCCAGAUGAGAUUUUGGAGACCGAGUUAGCGCCUGACUCAGAGUUGAAGAUUAUUUCAGAUAAAUUAAAUGAUUUAUCAUCUUUAGUCACAAAAUUUGUUCAGUCGAAGGAUAGAUACUCUGGGAACAGGUCGAAGGCUUUGGGUAAUCAUCUGUACUUCAGGCUUCUGCGGGUUCAGGUUGAAGAAGAUCCGGCGAAGCUGGCUUUGAAGGUUGAGUUCUCCAGUAGGCUUGAUGCUUUGUUGGCACAGUUGGACAGUGUAGGCCAGACGAGCAGUACUUCUAGUGAGGGUGUGUCGGUGUUAGCUCAGUCAAGUCAAGCGGUCCCAACUAGAGAGUUACAAGUUCACUGCUCCGGAGAUAAGAAUGUUGCCAAAUGGGGUGUCAAGUUUAAUGGCAGCACUGAUCCGCGGUCCUUCUUAGAGCGAGUUGAAGAACUCAAGCUGGCUUAUGGUGUGUCAGAUGUGGUUUUGUUUAACUCAGCCGCGCAGUUAUUUGUUGAUCAGGGUUUGCUUUGGUACAGAGGUAUCAAGGAACAAGUUUCUUCUUGGAAUGAUCUUAAAGCUAUUUUGUUAGAUGAAUUUGAGCCUGCAAACUUUGAUUUCCGGUUGAGGUGUGAGAUUCUUGCAAGGACACAGGGUUUAGAUGAACCAGUUCAUAUUUAUUUUGCGAUUAUGUCCUGUCUUUUUGGUCGCUUGAAGAAUCCACUGCCCGAGGAAGAGAAGUUGCAGAUUUUGAUGAACAACAUUAGGCCUAGCUUCUCACAACAGCUUGCUUUAGUAAAUAUAGCCUCGAUAGCGGAGUUGAAGGAUUGUUGUAGGAAAUUGGAGCAAGCAGCACAGCGCACGCAGUACUUUGUUGAGCCCGGUAAAGCUGGUUCGGCACAGACUCUUAGCAGUGAUUUUGCGUACAAAGGGAAGGCUAAGCAGGUGAACGCGGUGAAUGUUAGUAAUGGCAAGCGUUCACAGGCAUUUGUUAGGUCGCAAUCACAGGCAAAGUCGAAUGCUCAACAGGGCAAUGCGGUUAGGAACGUUCAACGCUCGUCCACUCAAUCCACACAUGCACAGAACGCUGCUGCAGGUCCAGUUUGCUAUAAAUGCGGUGGCACUGCGCAUAACUUCCGCAAAUGUAAUGGGAAACCAUCGAAGGGCAUUUAUUCAUGUUUUUCCUGUGGCCAAGCGGGUCAUAUGUCAUAUGGUUAG